AUGGCUUCUAACGCAGAAGGCUGGAUGGAUGAUUUAUCCCUUAAACCCACAGAGGAGCAACCAAGAUCAAGUUCAAAAAUUGGAUUUUGCAAAAGCACUCUGGCAGCCAGACCCAAGACGGAUAGUUCGUGGUGUCGCAGUAUCAUAUUUUUUGGAAGAAGAAAGCAAAAGAGAAUUAUAUCGGAGUUUGUGGAGAACAAAAGCAUAGAAUUGCAGAAUUCGGAAUGUGCCAAGCACAUAGAAGAACUGAACAACUUGUUGGCGAUAUUUCGGGAUCUUCUCAUCCACGUCGCCAAACCACAGGAUGGUCCAGAAAUCCGGGACAGGAUCCGAGAAAACAGACGGAAGUGCCUAGACUUGUGUGUUGCUGCCAGUGGCGCAAUCUUGCCGCAAAUAAAAAGUGACGUGGCAGAGGGAAUUCCAGUGGACAGCCAACAGUUGGUGAAUCUGGUGUGCUGCACGCAAUUGUUUCACAAAGAGCUGAAAAAAUGUCAGUUCCUCGUCCAAUCGCAUCCUAUGGACAUGACUGCUUUUUACGAGAAAAAACCUCGAUCUUCUGGGAUGUCCGUUUUAGACAGACUUGUUUUGUUUAAGGUUCAACCUAGAGAUUACCAUAAAGAGGAACUGCAAAGUAUAGCCAGAGAUACAGAAGAGAUUGCAGAUCUUUUAAAAGACAUGAAGGAAUUCAUGCCUUGCGAAAGUGGAGAAAAGUCACUCAUUGAGGAAAACAUUGCCAGGUGGAACAAGCGACCUCGAAAAAGUGUCUGUCAGUUUGCUGAAGAUUGGAUCUGCUACUGUGGAUCGAACCUAGGAUAA